AUGGCUAACAGAGUUAAGAUGGUGCUCCCUGAUCUUAUAGACCCAGUGCAAUCUGCCUUUGUCCAAGGCAGAAGAAUCUCUGACAAUAUCAUUUUAUCCCAAGAGAUUUUGAGAGGCUGUCAUAGGAAUUCUAAAACCCCAAAGUAUGCUAUGAAAGUUGACAUUAUGAAAGCUUAUGAUAAUGUGAGGUGGGAAUUUAUUCUUGAUAUUCUCACUGCGAUGGCUUUUCCUCCUUGUAUGAUAACUUGGAUAAAGGCUUGUGUGACUAGUCAUUCUUUCUCUAUCUGUAUUGAUGGCAGCCUUUGUGGGUACUUCGAAGGGGCUAGAGGGCUUAGGUAG